AAAAUAUUGACCUGGAAAGUGGGGCCGAUUCACACGACACGUCGUCCGAAAAAAACUCCACACUGAAGCCGAGAAUCGUUUGAAACAUUUGCAAUUUGUUUAAACUUACGCAAUUAGCACACACACAACAUGCGCGACUUAUAACGAAGACAGCUCCCGUCUAGAUAAAUUUCUUUAAUCCACGUAGCGUAGUUGUAUCUUAUUGACGAAGCUCUUACAAGAAUGGCCAGUCCUCGAACACGAAGACUUCUUUCCGAAUUGAAGCCCACCAACGAGAACGAUAAAUGCUUUGAAUGCCAAACCCACAAUCCACAAUGGGCUUCAGUAACAUAUGGCAUAUGGAUUUGCCUGGAGUGUUCUGGGAAGCAUCGUGGGCUAGGAGUACACUUAUCAUUCGUCCGGUCUGUUACCAUGGACAAAUGGAAAGAGAUUGAGCUGGAGAAGAUGAAAGUCGGUGGUAAUAGUAAUGCUAGGAUAUUUUUUGAAGCUCAGGAUGAUUACGAUGAUUCAAUGAGCAUCCAACAAAAGUACAAUACAAAAGGUGCUGCUUUAUACAGAGAUAAGAUUUCUACAUUAGCCCAAGGUAAAAACUGGGACGAAAAGAAAUCGCCGGCGCAGAAAUACAGCGGGAGUUUGAUCAACACUUCGUCGACCACGACGCAAAGUUACAACAAUAGCUCAAACUCAUACCAACAGGCUGAUAGCUACCAGAAUAAUGGCUACCAAAACAACGGCAGUUAUCAGAACUUUAAUUCGCCAGAGUUUAAGAAUGAGAAGGAAGCGUUCUUUGCAAAACGGCAGAAUGAGAAUGCAAAUCGAAGAGAGGAUUUACCGCCGAGUCAAGGAGGCAAGUAUUCUGGUUUCGGAUAUUCCAUGGAACCACCACCCCGGAGUCAAUCGCAAGAGAUGUUUGACAAUACGCUGUCGUCACUUGCGAGUGGCUGGUCAUUCCUGUCGAAUUCAGCGACGAAAAUCGCCAGUAAAGCAUCCGAAAGUGCGCUUAAAUAUGGCGGCAUCGCGUCGCAGAAGGUUCGAGAGGGCAAUUUGUUAGAUGAUGUAGGUAAUCAUGUCAGUGGUUUAGCAAACAAGAUGAGCGACUUGGGACGUCGUGGCUGGACGCAAGUAACAGGUACACAGCAACCCGGCGCUGAAUUUGGUACUUAUGGUCAAGUAGGCGGUGAAAAUUUCCAUUCCCCUGGUGAAAAAUCAUCGCUUGUUACUGGUGGCAACGGUAACAGUUUCAACAAUCAAGAUGAUUGGAGUUUUGCCAGUCAGCAGGGUUCUAAAGCUUCAAGUCCAAAAAGUCCCACAAGUCAACAAUGGGGCUACCAAAACGAGUCCAACUCAUACCAAUCACCCACCGACUCGAAAACAACGUCGCCCAUCUCGCCCACGGAGAACAAACGCAGCAGCGCCAAGAAAAAGACCUCACGAGAGGAGAAAAAGUGGGACAACAAGUGGGGCGACGAUGAACUCUGGGAGAGUCUCAACAAUUAAUGCAUAAUGCCUAUAAUCAGCGCUACUCAACUCGGUGUUUGAUAACAAAGUGAAACAAUGACGUGUGUUAAUGUUCCCCUCUUCCACUACUCUCUCACUGUUACUUGCGAUUACAAACGACAACAAAUUCUUGAACAUUUCUUCUGCGCCAGGGCGUAAACUUAAAAAUGUGCAUUUAUUUUUGGAUAAUAUUUACAUUUAAGUUUAGUACGAGUGCUAAUACGCAUUGGUAUCUUUUGCUUUCUUUGAAUAAUUCCAUAUGUAUUUGUAUAGUUUACGAUUUUAUCUCGAUUUGUGAUUAGUUUACGAUAGUUAGCUAAAUCUUUUGCUUUGCCGACGAUUUUUUGCUCGAAAGAUAACCGACAAUGACUUCGUAACACUGUAAUUGUUUGUAAUUGUAAAAUAUGUUAUAAUAUAUUCUAUUUAAAAUAUAGAUGAAUGUAACCGUUACAGGAAAUAUAUUAUAUAUAUAUAUUAAAAAUAUAUACUAUUAUAUUGAUGAGCAAA